UCAGUUAACUAUGAAAGUUGGACGAAUACUGACUGACAAAUUUACAGUUGGAAAACAGAAUGGAUGGCUUUGGAAGCUGACAGUGACUGGCAACGUCAAUCAAUAAAAGACCUUGUCGGACAUGAAUCAUCGUGUUUAACGAGUCUCAUUGAUCUCUAAUCGGAAACAACUAUUUCAUCCGAGUUGGAAGUACGAAAUUAAAUUUAAAAAAAUGAAAUUAUUUCUUACUUUUGUAUCGAUCAUCGCUUGUCUCAACUUCACGUUGCUGAAGGCCUAUCCACAGCCUGAAAAUAGUCCAGCAGAUCUGGAAGGAUUGUUGAAAAACGCAUUGCCGACAUCACUUACUGCCGAUAUGCCGCCUGAAGUUGAAUGUCCCGAAUUUCCUCAUUUACUGUUUAAGUGCAUUUCAGAAGAAGAGUGGAAAAUGAUCGAGUCUUGUGAGAAAGAAACCGAAUUGAAAUUGAACAUGACUAAACCCACUAUCAAAAGUGGCGCUUCAAAAGCUCAACAAAUAGAGGACAGAGAAAAAUUUGAGAAAGAAGGAAAAAAGUUUGGCACGCUUUUUUCCGAAUGUUUCUUAAAGAAAAUGGCUCUGGCGGAUGAAAUGUCAAGCCAGCUUGACAUGGCCGGAUUCGUAAAAAUCUACGAAACUACUUCUCUAUCUUCUGAACAGAAGACAUUGGCUAGCGCCAAUUUUAUUUCGUGCGUGACAGCCAACUUGAACAAACCUUCCUCACCUGUCUUCGUUCGAUGGACUCAGUCAAGCAAUCAAGUAAUUGACAACUUGGUCACAGCCAACCAUGUCAUAGGAUGUGACAUGCAGUCCUUGAUUAAAAAUGGCUGUUCCGAAACUUCCGUCAGCAAUUCAACUCUGGCUUGGUUUUUGCAAGAUCUACAGACCCACAUAACAAAGGAGAUUAUUCAGUAAAGAAAAAAGGAAAUCGGCGACGGCGAUCCAUAAAUUCAGUACUUUCAUUGAUGACAACUUUUCCCCCUAAUGAAUUCAAUUUAAUGCGCUAGACAAUUUGCUCGUAUGUAGCCAUACGAGAUAUUUUAUUUUUUCGUCACUCCAAUCGUUGGUGAAAGCACAACCUUUUUCUAUCCAUAUUUGAUACUAUUGUUGUUGUUUUUUUGGCAAGUAAAAAACUCCAGAGCGAUUUACUCAAUAAAUGGCAAAAUCUGACUGGAACAACUGGCGGAAGGUAUA